UUAGUAAAAAGUUGCUGAGGGUCACACUGGCCGCAAAUCGCAAAACAUUGCAGUCGCUUUUACAAUUGGAAUAAAAUGUUAUUUAAGUAAAAGUGCAAGAACUUUUUGUUAAGUCGUUAAAUCAGUGUAUUAAGCACAAUAAAAGCUGCUUUAAAACUGCACUUGUUGUAGUCGUUGUUGUAGUUGUAGCUAAGAAACAAACCUCCCCCGGCUCCUCCCCCCACGCAAUUGUUUAGCAGAGACUUGCUUCCUUCGCAGCGUUGCCACACCUCAGCAGAAAAUGGAUCGCAAGGCGGAGCUGGAGCGCAAAAAGGCCAAACUGGCAGCACUGCGCGAGGAGAAGGAUCGACGUCGUCGCGAAAAGGAAAUCAAAGAUAUGGAAGAAGCAGCGGGACGAAUUGGCACCGGCACCGGCAUCGAUAAGGAUCAACGCAAAGAUCUGGAUGAGAUGCUGUCAUCGCUUGGCGUUGCCCCUGUUUCCGAAGUCUUAUCCUCGCUGUCAUCGGCCAAUUCGCUGACAUCCGAUAAUUCCAAUACACAAACGCCCGAUGUCAGUUUGCAGGCCACCACCGUCAAUGGACAGGGUGUUGGAAAGAAGCAGCCACUGAAUCUGAGCGUUUACAAUGUGCAGGCAACAAACAUUCCACCAAAGGAGACACUCGUCUAUACGAAACAAACACAAACAACCAGCACUGGAGGCCAUGAACGUGAUGGAUAUAUGGAGGACUGGUGGCGUCCACGUAAAGCUCAUGCUACGGAUUAUUAUGAUGAAUACAAUCUUAAUCCGGGUUUAGAGUGGGAGGAUGAAUUCACAGUGCUUGCAUUUGAUGCCCAAGGAGAUGACGAAGAGAGCUCGCUGCCACAUUUGGAUCAUGGCUUUAGCUCCAAGCUUCCGCCGGGUUAUCUCAACCACGGACUGCCCACCGUCAAGGACGUCGCUCCAGCCAUCACCCCCCUCGAGCAGAAGAAGGAGCAGGAGGAGAAGAAGGAGGUCAAGGAACUGUCGGAGGAGCAGAAGCAAAUGAUAAUAUUGUCGGAGGACUUCCAGAGAUUUGUAUUGAAAGCAGGUCGUGUCAUAGAGCGCGCUCUAUCGGAGAAUGUGGACAUUUAUACGGAUUACAUUGGCUGUGGCGAUAAUGAGGAGGCGAAUGAUGAAAGAUCCCAUGCACGUUUAUCACUGAAUCGUGUGUUCUAUGACGAACGCUGGUCCAAGAAUCGUUGCAUUACGAGCAUGGAUUGGUCUACACAUUUUCCGGAACUUGUGGUCGCCUCGUAUCACAAUAACGAGGAGUGUCCGAACGAGCCCGACGGUGUUGUCAUGGUCUGGAAUACGAAAUUCAAGAAACAAACACCCGAGGAUGUUUUUCAUUGUCAGAGCGCUGUUAUGUCCACCUGCUUUGCCAAAUUCAAUCCAAAUUUAAUACUCGGUGGCACAUAUUCGGGUCAGAUUGUACUCUGGGAUAAUCGUGUUCAGAAACGUACACCCAUACAGCGUACUCCUUUAAGUGCGGCAGCCCAUACACAUCCGGUGUAUUGUCUGCAAAUGGUUGGCACCCAAAAUGCCCAUAAUGUUAUAUCGAUAUCAUCGGAUGGCAAAUUGUGCAGCUGGUCGCUGGACAUGUUGUCACAGCCGCAGGAUACCCUGGAAUUGCAGCAGCGCCAGUCGAAGGCCAUUGCCAUCACCUGUAUGGCUUUUCCGGCCAAUGAAAUCAAUAGUUUGGUCAUGGGCAGUGAGGAUGGUUAUGUUUACUCCGCAUCUCGGCAUGGUCUCCGCUCCGGUGUAAAUGAGGUCUUUGAGAGGCAUCUGGGUCCCAUCACGGGCAUCUCCACACACUACAAUCAGUCUUCUCCAGACUUUGGUCAUCUCUAUCUAACCUCAUCCAUCGAUUGGACCAUCAAAUUGUGGUCCCUUAAGGACACUCGACCACUGUACUCGUUUGAGGACAACUCGGACUAUGUGAUGGACGUGGCCUGGUCGCCGGUUCAUCCGGCUCUGUUCGCUGCUGUCGACGGCAGCGGUCGUUUGGACUUGUGGAAUCUGAAUCAGGAUACCGAAGUGCCGACAGCAUCCAUUGUGGUCGACGGUGCUCCGGCUCUCAAUCGAGUGUCGUGGACUCCGUCCGGAUUGCAUGUGACGAUCGGGGACGAGUCGGGCAGACUCUAUGUCUACGAUGUGGCUGAGCAUCUGGCGCAACCGUCGCGGGAUGAAUGGUCGCGAUUCAAUGCAACCCUCAAUGAGCUCAAGAUGAACCAAAACGAUGAGGUCUAAUGCAUCACAGAUGAAAACUACAAUUGAAAAUAUAAAUAUUGCAAAUAUGAAAACUUAA